UUUCAAAUAAAAAAAUUAAUAUUUUGACCAAAGAAGUAAGGAUGUAUCUAUAUUAUAAUAAUGGACCCGUUUUAGAAGGCGCAACUUUGAGGUGAAUGAUCAACUAUCAAGAAAGUAGAAAUUUGCUUCUUUCUUCAUCUUCUAUUUACAGAAUUAGUUGAAAUUUCCCAGAAAUUGUUUAAACUUAUCCCUUUUUAUAGGUUAUUUUAAGUCAUAAUAAGUAUUUUUAGUAAAAAGUUUAUAAAAUUUGAAGCUUGCAGAUUUUUUAUUGCUUGAGAGGAGUUAAAUUAUGGGUAAUUGCUGGGGUUCUCCAGCUGAAAAAUCUCCAACUCCUAGUACUACUGGGAAUAUUAGUUCAGGUGUAUCAUCAUCUCUUGUUAGUCAAACCCCAUCAACAAGAACCAGUAGCACUAUUUCAAGCAACAUAUCUAGCAAGAGUCACAUUUCAGUAUCUAGCAGUGAUGAGGUAUUCUCAAAUGGACAACUUUUACCCACACCAAAUCUUAGAGAGUUUACCUUCCAAGAAUUAAGAUAUGCUACAAAGAGUUUCAAGGCUGAUACUUUGUUGGGGGAAGGAGGUUUUGGUAGAGUCUACAAAGGUUGGCUUGAGAGCAAGCAUCAAACUAAGAGUGGUAGCGGUUUGGUUGUGGCGAUUAAGAAGCUAAAUUCCGAAAGCGUACAAGGUUUUGAGGAAUGGCAGUCUGAGGUAAAUUUCUUAGGAAGGUUAUCGCACCCAAACUUGGUUAAAUUAUUUGGGUACUGUUGGGAAGACAAAGAACUCCUACUUGUGUAUGAAUUUAUGCAGAAGGGAAGCCUUGAAAACCAUCUAUUUGGAAGGGGUUCUGCGGUUCAGCCACUCCCAUGGGAUUUGAGGAUAAAAAUCAUCAUCGGAGCUGCUCGUGGAAUCGCUUUCUUACACUCUUCUGAUGACCGUGUCAUCUAUCGUGACAUAAAAGCUUCUAACAUACUACUAGACGGCUCUUAUAAUGCCAAAAUUUCGGAUUUUGGCUUAGCGAAACUAGGGCCUUCGGCAAGUCAGUCCCAUGUUACAACCAGAGUUAUGGGAACCUAUGGAUAUGCUGCACCCGAGUAUGUUGCCACAGGUCAUUUGUAUGUAAAGAGUGAUGUGUAUGGCUUUGGAGUCGUGUUAGUCGAGCUUCUUACUGGCUUAAGAGCACUCGAUACAACCCGCCCUAGUGGGAAGCACACCUUGGUAGAUUGGAUCAAACCCCAUUUAUCUGAUAAGAGGAAGUUAAAGAGAAUCAUGGAUACUAGGUUGGAGGGCAUGUAUCCAUCAAAAGCCGCCAUUACAACAGCCGAACUUGCUUUGAACUGUCUUGCUCAAGAACCUCGAGCUCGACCCUCUAUGCAAGAGGUUCUUGAGUCUUUAGAGAAAAUUCAGGGCAUGGUUCAAGAAAAACAAAGAGUAUCAAGGAAAAGCUCAACGGGGAGUGCUUUAGUUCGUCCCCAUAGACAUCCCCGACAAAAUGUUGUUAGGUCUCAUCAAAAUUCUAUACACUCGUGUUGAUAAUGUCUAUAAAAAAUUCAUUUAACUUCUACUGGUAAUUUUUGGCCAAAUUACGAGCUCAAAAAUGUUCUUUUGACUAUGUUUUAUGACAUGAUAUAUAUGUGAUUGUUUUUGUAUUGGAUUUGUAGAACAAUUAAUUGUAAAACUUAAAGCUCUUGAUUAGUGUUUGAUCAAGAAAUCUAAUUGCUGGUAAAGGCCUUAUUCUUAAUGCCUUGCCAAGUUAUGCA